CAUCGCAACCGCGCCGCGCGUCUCGCUCCCGCCACACACAGCCAUGCCGCUCCUCCACCUCUCGCUCCCGCCGCACCGCCUCCUCGUCGCCGGCCGCGGCCGGCUGUGCUUCCCGCCGGCUCCCCGUCAUACCCGCCUCUCAUUCAGGGCGGCGGCUGGGGAUGCAGCCGUGUCAGUCGCAGCGGAGACCUACGGGCUCCCCUUCCCUCCGGAGCGCGCCUCCCACCACCACGAGCUCGCCGCGGCCAUCGCCGCCGUGGAGCGCGCCUGCCGCCUCUGCGUUGACGUGAAGAGGUCACUGUUUUCAGGUGGCAAGAGUAUUCUUGAAAAGAAUGACCAAACUCCUGUCACAAUUGCGGAUUUCGGGGUGCAGGCCCUUGUUAGUUUGGAACUCCAGAGACUGUUCCCAUCAAUACCUCUGGUGGCAGAAGAGGACUCGGCAUCUCUAAGGUCAUCAGAAGCUGACGAUAAUAGUAGUGAUGUACUUGUUGAGUCAAUUUUUAGUGCAGUUGCAGACAAAGUGAGCAACAGUGGUUCACCUUUAACUCAAGAUGAUGUGCUGAGAGCAAUUGAUAGAGGAGGCAAGGAUGCUGUCUCAUUUGAUUCAAACCCUGCUACUUAUUGGGUACUUGAUCCAAUUGAUGGCACCAAAGGUUUCUUGAGAGGGGAUGAUGCUCUUUAUGUGGUGGGUCUGGCUCUUGUGGUGAAUGGAAAGGUAACAGUUGGAGUGAUGGGAUGUCCGAAUUGGACCAAUUAUACCGUAGCCAACGGGAAAGAUGACAGUGCUGCUGCAUGUAAUGGCCGUGGGAUUCUUAUGAUAUCUCAUCUAGGCUGUGGUACAUGGACUAGGCGCUUGUCUGCUGAGAUUGGCCAAUUCACUACCGCACCGGAUAUUUGGAAAAGAUGCUUUGUUGAUACAUGUUCAGUUGUUCACAUGGCACGCUAUUGCAUUCCAGAUAGCCAAACAUGGGAUAUGAUACCAUUAUCUGUUCUCUUCAAUUCAACAACGGGUGAAUCUGAUCCUAGAAAUGAGAAUGAAAUUCUUCUCCUAUCGGUUUUCUGUGGCAGCUUGUGCAAGUAUCUAACUGUAGCUUCCGGGAGAGCCUCCGUUUUUGUCCUUCGAGCACGGACGACAACUCAGAUCAAGUCCUGGGAUCAUGCUGUUGGGGUAAUUUGCGUGCAGGAAGCCGGUGGCCAGAUUAGUGACUGGAGUGGAAAACCGUUGGAUCUUGCAGCUGACCUAACAUCUCGCAGAAUCAUCUACCCUUCGGGCGGUGUUCUGGUGACAAAUGGAGCUCUGCAUGACAAGCUUGUUGAAAUGAUCUCAGCUAAUUACAAGUAGCUGCAUUGAUACUUCACACAUCAACACAUUGAUUUUUUUGGAACCAAUUUACCUUAUUGACCCCCCAUCAAAUUGUAUUCUGUCUGACAUUCAGAUUCAGCAGAGAAACCGCAAAACAUACUCAUAUGACUUCCAUUGCCAUUACCACAAAAUUAAAUGGAUGGAAACACACUAUUACCUCGGAGCAA